AUGCCAGCACCUUUUUUACUGAAACGAGAUUGGCAAAAAGAUCAUGUGUACUUGGUACAGUUCCCUCGAGCAGGAUGUAUUCCGAGUUUAUCAAUGUUCGCCUUAAAAUUGGAAACUUGGCUCCGGAUAACUAAAAUUCCAUAUUCGAAUAUCAGCAAUGAAUUCACUAAAUUCUCAUCCAAAAAACAAAUUCCAUUUAUUGAACUGAAUGGACGACAAAUACCGGAUAGUAAUUAUUGCAUUGAACAUCUUUCUCGAGUCUUCAAGAUUGAUUUGGAAGAGCAGCUGAAUCCAAUGGAAAAAGCACAAGCUCGAGCCUUUACUUAUCUGCUUGAGGAAUCUAUAAGAUGGAUCAUACUGUAUAAUCGUGGCAAAAACAAUAAAUUCUUGGCAACAGAAGAAGGUUUCAUUAGGCACUUCAGAGGUGCUAAAAAAGCUAUUUUCCAAUAUGUGUUUGUCGAAAAAUUUCGGAAAAAGAUUUGGAAAUUAUGCUAUUGGCAAGGAAUUGGCAGGCAUACAAUUGAUGAAGUGGAAAGCAUUGCAAAAAAAGAUUUAACAGCGUUAUCCGUUUUUCUUGGUGAUAAGCAGUAUUUUUUUGGUUUUGCACCUACUACGCUGGAUGCGAUUGCUUUCGGUAAUUUAGCCCAACUACUUUAUACGCCGAUGGAUAGUGAUGUUUUACGGAAAUAUAUGGAAGAAAACACUCCAAAUUUAGUAUCAUUCAUUCAACAAAUGCGUGAAAUAUAUUGGCAAGAUUGGGAUGAAGCUUGUGAAACAUUAUCUCUUAAUACUCGAAAUGGAUCGAAGAUGGGACUAACGGAAGAAAGACAUCGGUGGUCUCAAAAGCUCGAGAAUGUGUUGGAGGAUCGUGACGCUUUGGAAGCGUUCAAGAAGUGGAUGAAGAAUGAGUCAUCAUUAGCCGAACAUCCCAUCAACUUGCACUUUGCCAUAAUAGCUUACAAAAAUAUGUGUACGAUGAAGAAUGCUCGUGCUGCAGAACUUGCGCGUAGUUUGCAUCAGAAAUAUAUCAGUUUAAAAACCGGUGUUUGUUCGUUUUUGCAUGAGGAUCUUCGACGAGAAGUGAGCUUUCGAGUUCAUGCUUUUUCGGCUGGUGAGCCGGAUCCGACAGUAUUUGACUGUGUAGUUCUACCGGUAGAGCAAUAUUUGCGACAGCAACAUGCUCAGUUUGUUUCUUCUGAAGAGUUUAUUGAUGCUUACAAUCGAAUAGAGGAAUAUACACCGAAACCACCCCGUAUUCCUUCUUCACUAACGUCAAGUCGCAAGCAACGGAAAUCAUAUCCUUGUCAACCAAUUCUUACUGCCGAAAUGUUGCUGAAAACACAAUAUGAACGGGAAACCACAUUAGGUGAAAGUGAAGUAGAGAAAUUAUAUCGGCCAGUAAUGAAAGCACCAUACAUAUGCAAUGCAACAACUAGUAAAAACGAUUCUGCAGUAUCGUCUACUUUUUCAAGUGAUGCUAACGGUCAACAUCCCGCUUUAAAAUUAAGUACAAUUCGGGAAGAGCAGCUAAAAGGCAAUCCAGCUACGCAUACAUUAGCGAGGGUGGAGAAAGUUGAUGGUGGACCAAUGGUCACUCACUGUACAGAGGAAGGUCGACGAGCUUUUGCUGCACUUCUAAUCGAAAAACUGAGCGUUUUAAGUGCCCGUCGGAAGAGAAAUGAUGUUAUGAGCCAGCAGCUUCGUGCCAUUGAGAGUCGUAAGUGCUCGGCACGCGAAGUUGUGAAUGACGUUGAACCAACAGCUGCUGAAGAAGACGAUGAACUGGAACGAUAUGUACGGCAAAGGAUGGCUGAUGAUUCUAGUAAACCAUCACCCUCGUAUCAUUCUCCUGACUUCCUGAAUGCUCAGUCACUUCGUUUUCGACGACGAUCACCGAGAUCAAGUUCACCAGAACGCUUUCGACACUACGUGGCUUCACCCAUAGCUAAUGUAUUUCAUGCACCGAAUCCCUACAGCACAAAUGGCUUUGCGCCGCCACCAAUUAGUCGACACAAUCGAAUGACAAAUAUUAAUCCUGUUAUACUGAAGGGAGCGCGAUGUGACAUGAAGUCUAUGGCUAUUUAUGAUACAUCGGGUAUCGAAUCGAUGGCUCCAUCAUCUGUAAGUGAACGUGAUGAAGCAGCACGUGCUGCUAUCUUUCAAAAGGCUCGUAUGCUUUCAUAUGGUGGUUGUGCAAGCAGCAGUAGUUUUGGCCGUAGAAGCAGCCAUAAACAACAUCACGAUUUCAGUUCAUUGUCGCGUUCACGUGGAGGAACGGAUCCGAAACAGCUGAUGACUAUUAGUUACAAAGAGAAAGGUCGUGUGCCGGUGGUUGCGCAUGUUCCAACACAUUCGAUCACAUUUCGAGAAUUUCGUAAAUACUUAGGAAUUUCAUCAAAGUCAAGUUUGCAAUUUUAUUUCAAGACUGCCUGUGAAGAUGGUAAUUCACCGUAUCAGUUGCUCCUUGUGAACGACGAUGCCACAGUAUUACCAGUAUAUGAAGGUCGCAUAACUGCUGAAUGCAAGUCAGUCUCUGAUUCCGAAUAG